AUGGUGGACGAAGAGCCUCAAACGAGAUCCCAAAAGAUGGGUCUCCUUGGAGCGAUUUCUUAUAUUAUCGGAAACAUUGUCGGAUCCGGUAUCUUCAUCACUCCAACCUCCAUUCUAGAACAAGUCAAUUCAGUUGGCUUGUGUCUCUUGAUUUGGAUUCUCGCGGCUUUCAUCUCAAUUCUCGGCUCUUUUUGUUAUGUCGAACUUGGGACAUCGAUUCGUAUCUCGGGCGCAGAUUUUGCCUAUAUUUGCUAUGUGAAAUGGUAUCCGAUUGCAUUCGCUUUUAUGUGCGUCGGUUGUAUAAUCACGUAUCCGGCCACACUUGCUGUUCAAGCAAUGACUUUCUCUGAAUAUAUCUUUAAAGGAAUCGAGAUCUCCCUUCCGAAAAACGAGGAAUACUGGGCAAAGAUGUUGCUCGGUUUCGCUUUGAUUUGGAUUCUAAUGUUCAUGAAUUUCUUUUCGCUGAAGACUUUCGUCUCUCGUUUCCAAAUCGCUGCCUCUGUAGCAAAAGUGGCAGCAACAGGGAUUGUGAUUGUUACCGGAUUUGUAUAUUUAUUUCAAGGAAAGACAAAAAACUUUUCCGAGCCUUUCAAUGGAAGUACUUGGGAAGCGAACGCGAUCGUUACAGCUCUAUUUGCUGGUCUUUUCUCGUAUGAUGGUUGGGAUAUCCUCAAUUUUGGAGCUGAAGAGAUCGAGAAGCCGAAGAGAACAAUGCCACUAGCUAUUAUUAUUGGAAUGUGCUCAAUUGCGCUUAUCUAUCUUGCUGUUAAUAUCUCCUAUUUCACGAUUCUUGAUGUACAAGAUUUUCUGGAUAGUCCAGCUGUGGCACAGAGUUUUGCUGAGAAAACCCUGGGAAACUUCAAGUACACAAUCCCGUUUUUUGUGGCGAUUCUGUUGGUCGGAUCGUUGAACAGCACAAUGUUUUCAGCUUCCAGAUAUCUGCAAGCGGCUUCUCGUCAAGGCCAUCUCCCAUCAUUCAUUUCUGCAAUCAAUCCCGAAUCCGAUUCUCCGAGAACAGCUCUUUUUGUCCAUGUUUUACUAGCAAUGGCCAUUUCGUUCACAGGAAAUGUUGAUAGUUUGAUCAAUUAUGUUGCUUUGGCUCAAUGGUCACAACGAGCGUUUACAAUGGUGGCGUUGAUGUUCUUGAGGUUUAGAGGUCUUCCCGUUCAUCCAGAUCGUAUCCGCAAUUUCAUCCUCAUGCCAAUGGUGUUCGGCUUUGUUUGUUGGAGUCUCGUCAUCGUCACCGUUGUUCAAGCAUUCACACAAAAGGAUAAUUCGGACGGACGAACCGGUGUUUAUAUCAUUUUUGGAAUUCUCGCGCUUGGGUUAAUGGUUUUCUCGAUGUUCGUCUUUGAGAAAUCAUUGCCUUCAAAAGAGUGGUGGAAGAGUGGAUCGACGAAAGUUAAUGAAUCUUCUACCAAAUUCGCUCAAUUGCUCUUUAACGUAAUGCCGGAUUUGGCACAACCGGGAGAGGAUCAAAUGCAUUUAGAUGAGGUGAAAAAUGGAGACGAUGAAGGAAAUGGAGAAGAUGAGAUUAUAAAAGAGAAACAGAGGAAUGGAUCGAAUUUGAAUAAGGUUUACCCAUUGCUUGAUGGUGUUGAUUUGCAGCAACGGAAAACGACUACAUUAAGCGAUUUUGGACUCACCAAAUUC